CGCGGGCGGCGAGCGCGGCCGUGGCAGCGAUGCCGCCUCCGGAGCCCAUGCCCGGCUACGGGACCUUGCUCCGCCGGGGCUACGGGAGCCUGGCCGAGGCCGCCCGGGGCUGCGGGGACUGCGGCUGGGAGCUGGCGAGGCGGACCUGGGCCGAGAACGCUCACCUGGGCUGGGCGGAGGUGCUGCUGUGCGGGCUCUGCGCGCUGGGCUGGACCGCGCUGCGCUGCGCCUGCUCCCGCAGCAUCUUUCGGCCUUUCGGGGAAUGGUGCAACCUGCAGCCAAAAGAUGCUGCUAAGAUGCCUGAGAGUGCCUGGAAGCUGCUUUUCUACACCUUGUCCUGGUCCUACGGCACUUACCUGCUCUUCUUCACCGACUACCCCUUCUUCCACGACCCCCCCUCCGUCUUUUACGGCUGGAAGCAGGGCAUGGAGGUGCCCACGGACAUCGCCGUGGCGUACCUGCUGCAGGGCAGCUUCUACGGCCACUCCAUCUACGCCACGGCCUACAUGGACACGUGGCGCAAGGACUCGGUGGUGAUGCUGCUGCACCACGUGGUCACCCUCACCCUCAUCGCCUCCUCCUACGCCUUCAGGUACCACAACGUGGGGAUCCUGGUGCUGUUCCUGCACGACAUCAGUGACGUGCAGCUCGAGUUCACCAAGCUCAACGUGUACUUCAAGCACCGGGGGGGGGUCUAUCACCGCCUCAACGACAUCAUCUCCAACGUGGGCUGCCUCACCUUCAGCGUCAGCUGGUUCUGGUUCCGUCUCUACUGGUUCCCCCUCAAGGUCCUCUAUGCCACCUGCUACUCCAGCCUCCAGUCGGUCCCAAACAUCCCCUUCUACUUCUUCUUCAACGCUCUGCUCCUCAUCCUCACCCUGAUGAACAUCUACUGGUUCCUGUACAUCGUCCUGUUCGUGGCCAAGGUGCUGAUGGGGCAGAUGCAGGAGGUGAACGACGUGCGCGAGUACGACGUGGAGGACGCCGGGAAAAGCGCCAGGGCCCGGAAGAGGGAGGCUGGAAUCCAACUGCCCAAGGCUCUGAAGGAAGGGCUGCACCUCAGGAACGGGCUCGUGAAGGACAAGAGGUUGUGAGGGCGGCGUGGCCGUGGCAGCUGCCAGGACCUGGGACCGACCAGGACCCUGCGCUGGGAGCCAGCGAAGGAAAGGCACGAGGAGAACUUCAUCCCUGACCCCCUUCCCUCCCCUGCCCGGAGCCGGGGAACAGAUGCCACUGACAGGAUGGGGGCUGUGACCAGGCUUCACCUGGUGCUGGGGGGCUCCCCUGGGGCCCCCCUUCAGUUGGGACACUGGUGGCUUUUGCUGGUCCAGGUAGGAUUUGGAGCUGGCUUUGGGUCCCCUGGUGUUCCUCCCGUCGCUCCCGUCCUCAGUCCCGCCGUGAUUCCCCCGACUCUGCUGUUGGACCCUCCCACCGACCCUUCCCGAAGGGUCCAGCGUCAAACCGGGGAGGGAAAAACCUCCUCUCCUGCCCCGGGAAGGGAGAAACCUCCUCUCCUGCCCUGGGAAGGGAAAAACCUCCUCUCCUGCCCCGG